GUGGUGCACCGCGAUCUCAAGCCAAGUAAUAUUCUCUACAUGGAUGAGUCGGGGAACCCAGACUCCAUCAGGAUUUGUGACUUUGGGUUUGCCAAGCAACUGAGAGCGGAGAACGGGCUGCUCAUGACUCCCUGCUACACGGCCAACUUCGUCGCCCCUGAGGUCCUUAAACGCCAAGGUUAUGAUGCAGCCUGUGACAUCUGGAGCUUGGGGAUCCUACUGUAUACCAUGUUGGCAGGGUUCACUCCUUUUGCAAAUGGACCAGAUGACACCCCAGAGGAGAUCCUGGCCAGGAUUGGCAGUGGCAAAUAUGCACUUACAGGAGGAAACUGGGAUUCAGUAUCUGACACUGCAAAGGACAUUGUGUCUAAGAUGCUUCACGUAGACCCUCAUCAGCGCCUCACGGCAGUCCAAGUCCUAAGACAUCCAUGGAUAGUGAACAGGGAGUACCUGUCUCAAAACCAACUCAGCAGACAGGACGUUCAGCUGGUGAAGGGUGCAAUGGCAGCCACUUACUUUGCUUUAAACCGAGCACCUCAGGCACCAAGGCUGGAGCCUGUAUUGUCCUCCAAUCUGGCUCAGCGGCGGGGCAUGAAAAGACUUACCUCUACCAGAUUGUAGCAGUACCCUCAAAAGGCCUCUUUGAAAACCCACAGUUUAUUAUUUGAGAAAUUCAUCUUUACUUGGCUAGCAGAACUUUUUUGGACAACCUGCACAUGAAAUCGCCAGAACUAGUAGAAGCCCAGCAUAAGGCAAAGUUCUCCUUUGCUCCGUCAUUUCUUUUACAUUCCAGCCAGGGUCCCAAAUUAAACUUCACAAAGAUGUGCCAAUUUUGCCAGUAGCUCUGUUUCCUUACUGAGAUAAAGCCAAAUAAAGUAGGUGUGCUCCAUCCCUCCCACCCUA